GUGGGGAGAAAGGAGGAGCCGACAGAAUGUGGCGGGCUCGGGCGCGUUCACUCAACGAAUCUCUCAUUUUUUCUCAAGGGAUAACACAGAUUGUCAACUCUGGGGAGGUCUCGUCACCAGCAGACGACGUUUGUUUGUUUUGUUGUUGCGGGACUCGCGCCUUGAAAAUGGAGAGGAAUCUAGAUGAAAAAUGUAAGAAUUCCCGAUGACUGAAAGCGGAUUUGAUAUCUUGAAGAAAGUCUUUGCCGGCAGGCAGGUUAUCAGCUUAGCUGAUUUGAAGGACGAUGGGGAAAAUAACAAAAAGUUGCCACAACUGUUUCGAAAGGCUGUAGCCAUCCAUGUUCAGCACCAGUGCAAGCUGCGGGCUGCGCCGCAGGUUGGAGCCGAACAACAGCUGGACUGGUAUCAAUUAAUUGAGUCUUGCGAUUCCAACUUGUUCAUGAGAGGCCUAAAGGACAAAUGGCACCUGCCUUGUGUGACAACAAGCAGCGUCUGCGAAUGCCCUUUCGUACCACAUGCCACCAAGAGCGAUUGGGAGGCGCUCCAUGCGGAAAUCGGAACCCAAAAGAUGAAAUGCCUCCUCAUCCACUGCAGCAUCUUCGUCCUUGUUGAAAGCCGAGCCCUGCUACAAAUUUGCGGUUCGCUGGAUAAAGGUGACCUGGAGAAAAGCUAUCCGCCCAUCUUCAAAUUCCGCGCAGCCCCAAAGGCCACCAAACGCAAAAGGAAAGAAAUAGAAAAUGUGGUAGCGAUUCUGCCCAAAACAUGGACGCUUCCAGUUCUCGACCGCCCGUCUGUUAAGCGACCAUUGAAGAAAAUUCGUCUGGCAUCCAGUGAUGGGCAGUCUCAGAAUGUCGAGUUCCUUGUAGAUACGACCAAAAGUAUCGCUCCGAUCGUCGAUAAAAUUCCAGAUAAUGCACCGACAUCUUUGGUGCCUGUUUUGAAAAAAAUACGCUUCCAGCAAUCUGACAGCUUGUCUCUUCCUAUACCGUUAUCUAUCGAAGCCAAAGUGCCAACAAACGAAACUGAACAUCCAUCCAGUUGGAAGGAAAUGGGCAAGAAGAAGACUCGGCGUUGGCGCAACAAGUUGAUUGCAAAACAAAAUGUAGAUAAUCGAAGAGCUAUUGAUGGCUCUAUCAAAAUCGCACACGAUGAAAUUCUCUACAGUAGCUCUGGCUGGACCCAUUUUCCGAUAACCCAUCCGAUUUCUCAUUCUUCUCCGAAUCCGACUGUGCUGGCUAUUUUGAGAGCGGCCGUCGGUACCGAAUGCAACGAGUCAGAAGAUCAACUACGAUCAAAUUUGCCCAGAUUGGGUCAACUGAUCGAGGUCAUGAUGAAGAAUCACCGUCGAUGUCGCUACAAUCCAAUCGUACGGCGGAUGUUGGCCAAUUCAGACUACGACCCGAAAAAGUCUUUUGUCGAUGCCGGCCGUGUUUAUCUGUUUAUCAGAUGCGUUAUCAAGAAAGUUGUGCCAACCGAGUUGCUAGGCGGCCAAACUAACCAGCAAAUAUUUUUAUCGAACGUCCGACGAUUCGUUGAAGCCGGUCGGGGCACAUCGUUCACGCUCAAUGAUCUCAUUCAGUCAAUGCAGACCAGUAAAUGCCACUGGUUCUCGCAUUUUUCGAGCCUACCCGUCCAGAUUUCAUUGCUGGCCAGAUUGAUCACUUGGCUUUUCGUGGGUUUCGUUAAACCUUUGAUCCGACAGCAUUUUUAUGCCACAGAGACAUCUUAUGGCCGUAAUCGGAUAUUUUUCUAUUCGAAAGAUGUUUGGCAAAGGAUCCAUCAUCGAAUGCUACGCUCUAUCUGCUCCGUCAGUCUCCGUCAACCGCUACCCGUGUUGGAGAAAUCGACAGCUCCCGACCCAGCGGCGGAAUUGCAAAAUCUCCUACUUUUCGCUCGAUUGCGUUUUGUUCCAAAAAAGAACGGCUCUCGACCCAUCAUGUCCACCAAGUUCCGAAAUACUAGUCGUAAAGAAGUCAACACCGCUCGUUUACUCCUCAGUACCAUUGCCGGUCUUUAUGCGGAAGGGAUGGAUGCCAAAUCGACCCACAGUUUGCAUCGAAAAUGGGUCCACUUUGUCGAAAAUCGAGACAAAGAACAACCCGUUUAUUUUGUCAAUGCUGACGUCGAAGACGCUUUUGGAUCUAUUGAUCACCAGAAAAUGGUGGCCCUCUUGAAAGGAUAUGGCAGGACACUUCCGAAAGAGCUACAGAUCCGCACUUUGUGUACCGUCAGUCCCGAUGGUCGACGAAGUAAACCUUUCCAAGUCAUUCCGUACUUCCAUAAAACAAAUCCAGAAGGAUGGGUGCAGCAAAUGUCACCCGGCACUGUCGUUUUCCAUACAGGAACCCGCACUGAGAAAUUGGACAUUGUCAAAAUCCUGCAAUUUGCCAUCAAAUCCGUCCGUGAGGUCCAUGUCGUCCACCAUGAUAAGACACAUUAUCGGUUGAAGCGAGGAAUUCCACAAGGAUCUCAGCUAUCCAGUGCCCUGUGUCACAUUUACUACGGUCAUUUGGUUCGAGAGCAUCUGUUUGAAUUUCUCAAUCACCCAGAAGACUUACUAAUUCGGGUGGUCGAUGAUUUCCUUUAUCUGACCACUAAUGGCGAGCGCGCUCGAGCGUUUCAUCAUCGCAUCCACCAGGGCUUUACAGACUACAACUCUUACGUCAAUAUCAACAAAUCUGCAACGAAUUUGGAUCUGACCGAGCCUCGCGACGAAACUAAAGAUAAACCGGUCCGAAAACCUGUUUGGUUCUCCUUCUGUGGGCUGCAAUUCCACACGAAAACGUUGGAAAUUCGUGGAGACUACACCAAAUACGAAGGGACGGACAUUAUCCACUGCAUCACGCCGACAUCUGGAGAGCCGGGAAAAUUAUUACUCAAGCGUCUACAAGGAAUUUCAACACUAAAAAUUGAGACCAUUUACCUUGACGCAAGAGUGAAUAGGAAACCGACUAUUACCAGAUCCAUGUUCAAUGCUUGUCUCAUGGCCGCUUUCCGGUUUCAUGCCAUUGUGAAACACAUUUUAAUGCGUAGUACCCGACGUCAUCAUUGGUGUGACAAAGCCCUGGACGCUCGCUACCUCGCCCACACUGUGAUAAAGGAAUGCUGCUCUAAAAUGGUCGGCCACGUCAGCAGUGUCCACCGACGCAGGAAAGAUGUCAAGAUUAUUCUCAGUAGGACGGAGACGGCCUGGCUCUGCUACGAGGCGUUUCACCGAAAGCUCAACCAGCACGAAAAGCUCUACUCGAAUGUUCUGUUGGCUAUCCGAAUGCUACAAAAAGAGUACGAGAAAAAGUUGCCAGAAGCGAAGCUCAGAAACAUUCGAUCGUGGAUUGGGCGCCGGAUUCCCCGGUCAUUCCGACGGAUGAAAGAUCGCGUGACGUAAAAUGUUUUGUAUCAAAGCUUGUAUUUUUCAAGUCGUGUUUUGCUUGAAUAAAAGAAAAUGCAAUUUUUUUUCAUCAAAAUUGUGAUAAAUCGUUGCAAAACAGACAAACAGAUUAGCUGCAUACGUGACUAGAUUACACAAUUCUUCUUGGAGGAUCAAUCACGUCUAAAGCUUCAAAAUGGACGAAUUCACCAUCAAAUAGCAUAAUAGUAUUAGAAA